CCACCGGUUCUAUGUCACACCAAACGGCGGGCAUCACAAACACCAGGAAUUUUCAACUUAAAUUGCUCCACCUCCAAACUUAACGCUACUCCUUUCCAUGAUGCCCUGUUCCUAAGAGCAAAGCAAGAAAAAGAUAUUGACUCAAGUUACGUAACCCAAGCCUGUUCCCUCUGGUCAGAAGAAACACAAACAAAUAUCACAAGUCCACUACAGGUUACCUUCACUGAUUCAACUGCCCCCAACUCCUUUCUCACCCACCCUGAAACCCCAAAUAGAUCAGCCAAAAUGUAAGGGUCCACUUUCUCAAAAAAUGUAACUCCUACUGGUCCAGAUUCUUCUUUAUCGUGUCUGAUGCCAUUCUUCCUCAACAUUCAUCUUCCCAUUACACUCGGCUCUUCAUCUUCCUCGCUGUCUAUAAACACAUCUAUCCGUUCUCCACGCUCUUGCUGCACCUUCAUCCACUACAUUGCUUUCAGAGCACGCACUAAUGGUGUUCCUCCAAAACCCAACUUCUGUUAAUUAGCCCACUUUACAAGUCUGGCUACUGCUGACCUCUCCAUGCUUCCUUCACCUUGUAAACAUUUACCACACCGACGAAUGACUACAUUACCCCACCCACGCUUCUAAUAUGGAAAUAAUAAUGUCCCAUAAAUACUUUAAUAUUUUAAAUUCUCCAGCAUUUUGCUUUGAUAGGUUAUCCAUUUAUGACGUGGAAAUGUCUCAAUGUAUUUAUUUUGUCUCAAAGAGUCUCUCUCUCACACCAUCGCACAAACACACCCUUUCUGGGCGGAGCAAAGCUUAAUAGGCUAUACUCUAUCUAUCCUGAGGGAGUUGCAGGGAUCCUCCUAGCUACAUUUUCACCAGCAGAUCCGAGUAGAUUAGAUGUGUUUGUCAUUGGAAAGGGUUUCAUUUCUAUAAAGUAAGUACUGUCUGUCAACAGAUAACAGAUUAACAUAUUUACUAUUAACAGAUGGUUGUUCUAAGAAUAAGGAAAGCCCACAAAAGACGUUAUGCACUUCUCUGUUUGAGCAUUGUUGGCUUCAUCAUGUACCGGUACCUGGGUACUGCGCCCGGAGGCAGGAGAAUGAGCAGGAGAGUAGGUUUGAGUGCCAACUCGUCCCAGUUCACCUUGGAGGGAGAAACAUUCCGUAUUCUGGGGGGAUCCGUCCACUACUUCCGGGUCCCUAGAGCCUACUGGAGGGACCGCCUGAUGAAAAUGAAGGCUUGUGGCAUCAACACCCUCACUACAUAUGUACCAUGGAGCUUACAUCAGCCAGAGAGAGGGGUUUUCCACUUUCAAACAGAGUUGGAUUUAGAAGCCUACAUUAACUUGGCUGCUGAGGUAGGACUCUGGGUGAUCCUGCGUCCAGGGCCGUACAUUUGCUCUGAGCUCGACCUAGGAGGGCUGCCGAGUUGGCUUCUUCGUGACGGGAGUAUGAGGUUGAGGACUACUCACCCAGGAUUUGCUGAGGCAGUCAAUACGUUCUUUGACAAGCUCAUUCCAAAAGUGGUUCCUCUACAGUUCAAGAAAGGAGGGCCCAUCAUUGCUGUACAGUUGGAAAAUGAAUAUGGAUCAUUUGCAAUGGAUAAAACUUACAUGCCUUUCAUCAAGGAGGCUCUACAGUCCAGAGGAAUCAAUGAGCUCUUACUGACGUCAGAUAACCAUGAGGGAUUAAAGGAAGGGGGUGUGACGGGAGUAAUCAGAACAGUGAAUCUACAGAAACUAAAUCAGGGGGACAUCAAGUAUUUGAAUGCUAUUCAGCCCAAUAGCCCCAUGAUGGUGAUGGAGUACUGGACAGGCUGGUUUGAUGCAUGGGGAGACCUCCACCAUGUCCUCGCUCAAGAGGAUAUGGUUUCUGCUGUACGGGAGAUUCUGAGACGCGGCAUGUCCAUCAACCUGUACAUGUUCCACGGAGGGACUAACUUUGGCUUCAUGAGUGGAGCACUGACAAACCCAAUCUACAAGGCACUAAUCACAAGCUAUGAUUAUGAUGCACCUCUGUCCGAAUCGGGAGAAUACACGCCAAAGUAUCACCUUCUCAGGGAUCUAUUCAGUCAGUACCACAGUGAGAAGCUCCCUGAUAUGCCAGCCCUGCGUUGGAAGGAGACGUAUGAGCCAGCCAUCAUGUACCAGCACCUCUCUCUGUGGGACGCCUUGACCUUCGCUGAGGAGCCAUUUAAAUCACCAACCCCAGUCAACAUGGAGAAUCUCCCAGUGAACAGUGGGAAUGGCCAGUCCUAUGGCUAUACCCUCUAUGAGACCAUUAUAACCAGCGGAGGCUCCCUCAAGUCCGGAGACAAUGUACGGGACAGAGCCCUGGUGUUUGUGGACAGACACUACAUUGGCAUUUUCAAGCAUCAGAAUCUGGAGCUAGCGGUGCCUGAUGGAAAGGAGAAACGGACAUUGAGCUUACUGGUUGAGAACUGUGGACGAGUUCACUAUGGGAAAGCUCUAGAUAAACAGCGCAAAGGUCUCGUAGGUGACAUUCUAUUGAACAACACUCCUUUGAGGGACUUCACAAUAUACAGUCUGGAUAUGAAAACCAGCUUUAUUGAUAGCCUCAACCAGGCACCUUGGAUGUCCCUUCCACACGUUCCCAGUUUCCCUGGAUUCUUCCUGGGAAGAAUGUUUACCUACGGUUAUCCAAGUGACACCUUCGUCAAGCUACCAGGCUGGGGAAAAGGGGUAGUCUUCAUCAAUGGUUUGAACCUGGGGCGCCACUGGUAUAUCGGGCCCCAGCAAACACUCUACCUCCCAGGACCUUUUCUCAACAGUGGAGUAAACCAGGUCAUUGUGUUUGAAGAGCAGGAAGCUGAUUAUAAAAUCACGUUUGAAGAGACUCCUGAUCUGGGCAUGGCUGUGGACAUUCAGUAACUGCAUGUACAUUGUAUGGGGAUAACUCACCUUAUCGAUCUUGAGCAGAAUAUUGUUCAUCAUUUUAUUGACGUAAAUGUCAUCCAAUCUGUAUUUUUAUUGAAUCUAGUAACGAGAACAAAAUAUCACAGCCUAAAAACAAAGCUAUUUUCAACUGGAAUCAUUGUGUUGGCUAAACAAGUCAUCAACGUCUGUAUGUGUCAUGAUGACAAGUAUUUUGGUUAUAACAAAUGGCAUGUCAUGUUAGUGAUAGCAUUCUGGUGACUCUUGCUUCCAAACAAAAUGUUAUACCUGUAUCAUCUGACCACUGAUUGAUAGGCUACAAGAGCUUCAGCAGUUUUAUUUUAGUAUUCAUGCAUUAAAUUGGCAAAUAUGA